CACCGGCUGUAUUACCUGCGAUAGACAACAAACAAGCAAAAACAUUUAAAAUGCAGAAAAAUAGCGAAUGACAUGCAAAGACUUAUACAUGACGAUCCGGGAAGUUGGUCGAAUGCCAUUGCAGUUUGGGAAAGCCUUCUUGAACUUGAUGCUGAAAAUGAACAGCUUGCUCAAGCGAGUUCCAGCCCCCGAAAGAGAAAAGUGGCCGAUGAGGAAACGAGCACUGCUAAGAAAUUGAAAGCCGGCCCCAUGCAGGGGCGACACGAGAAGGAGGACCGCCCACCGGACCGACACGAAGUUGGAAGAGUAAUUGGGAUCGCUCUGAUGAAACAAUUUGGAUGGAAAGCAGAUUUGAGGAAUCCAAAUUUAGAGAUCUUUAUACAUCUAAAUGACAUUUACUCUGUGGUGGGGAUCCCUAUUUUCAAGGUCCCGUUAGCCAGCAGAACUUACAUCAGGACCGCAGGCCUGCGAUCAACCAUUGCGUGGGCAAUGGCGUCUCUCGCUGAAAUUAAAGCUGGGACAGUUGUUUUAGAUCCAAUGUGUGGACUUGGUACAAUACUUCUGGAAGCUGCUAAAGAAUGGCCAGAUGUGUAUUAUGUGGGCGCUGACGUCAGUGACUCGCAGCUACUGGGAGCACGUGAUAAUCUGCAAGCUGCAGGCCUUAACGAUAAAAUUGAACUUCUCAAAGUCUCGGUUAUAGAAUUGCCGUUGCCUUCGGAAAGUGUCGAUAUUAUUAUUUCUGAUAUUCCAUUUGGGAAAAAGUUUAAGUUAGGAAAAGACAUCAAAAGCAUCCUACAAGAGAUGGAAAGAGUGCUUCAUGUUGGCGGCACCAUUGUAUUGCUUCUAAGUGAGUAUCACCAGAGGCGGCUUAAAGAUUGUGACGCCAGCAGCCUCCCCUUGAAUUCCAAGAGCGGCCACGCACCUGAAACUGGACUUCAACAGUGCUUGACUGCUGAGAGGAAAGAAGCCCUUUCGGAGACAGUGUUGUCUUCGGUUCAAAGCAGCCACCGGGGGGGCUUAGACAGUAUGUCCCCAUUUGGCUCUUUGGUGCCAGUGGAGUGCUACAAGGUUAGCCUUGGGAAAACAGAUGCAUUUAUCUCGAAAUACAGGAAGUCGCACGCUCCUGGACAGUAGCAGCCUCACUGGAGCCACGUUCCCGCCUUACAUCGCGGUUGUACUGCAGUAGAAGAUGAUCUUUAAGAUUGUCCUCCGUGGCAAUGAGUCAGUCCUGACCCAUAGCCCCCUGCCUGGUACAACAGAAGGAAACCCUGCGUGGGCCUGCGCCAUCCUCACAGGGGUCAUGUUGGAGCUCAUUGUUGCAGCCACAGGGUCAGUCCGUCUCUUCAAGGUCGUCCUCUUCUUUAGUGACCCUCUGCUUGACUACACGUGAUGUCCUUUUCCAAGGACCGGUCUCUCCUAAUCUUUCUAAAGGAUGUGAGACGAAGUCUUGCCAUCCUUGCUCCUCCCAAGAAUCCUGGCUCUGCUUCUUCCAAGACAGAUCAAUUAUGUUCCAGCAAUCCCUAGCACUUUGAGUAUUCUCACCAAGACCCUCAUCCAAACAGGCCAUCCCUUCUCUGGCCGUCCUGAUUCGUUGUCCAACCUUCACUUCCAUAUGAGGUGAUUGAAAAUACCAUGGCGGGGUCGCUCUUCAACACUUAAGUCUUGUGCAGCAGGUUUAACAAAUGUGUUCUGUCCUUUGAUGGUUUUCUGGCUGCUGUUUCCAUGAGCAUUGAUGAUGGUUUCAUGCCAAAGAGUUCGUUCCAGGUAAAUACCAUAUAUACUCCAGUAUAAGCCGAUCCGAAUAUCAGCCAAGCCACCUAACUUUACCACCAAAGCUGCAUUAAAAAUGUGCUGAAAAACUCAACAUAUAAAUGGUAUGUUCCCCUGAAGGCAGGAGGCGUGGCUGCUGGAUAUUCUUAGGCAUUUCUCCUUUAUAAUCAAUCAGAAGGGAUGACUGUUUCUUACACAGAGCAGUUAAUGAAUAUUUACACCAAAAGACUCUGAAAUAUUUGUAUUUUGUCAGAAUGUGAGAGAAUCUGUUUGCUCAUGCAUUAUUUCUAAGCAGAAACUUCAAAAGAAAACUUCAUAAGUUCACAUCAAAUGGAGCAGUCAACGCAAGCUCGUUAUUAUGUUAACCACCGGUUUUUUUAGAAAGUGUAAGAAACUUUGUUUAUAAAUACUUUUGAUAUUAAAUAAAAAUUUUAAUCAAUGAUA